AUGGAUACAAGAUACAGUACAUCAUUUAUCUAUUUUCUAGUUUGUUUCACCGUUGUUGUGUUUGCGGACAAGAACAAUGAUGAUAGUUGUACACCAACGAAUUGUAAGCUUCCGGAUUGCAGAUGUCCCGGACACAAUAUCCCGGGUGGCUAUAAACCAGAAGAGAUACCACAGAUGGUUCUUAUAACAUUUGAUGAUGCUGUCAAUUGGGAAAAUUGGGGAUAUUACUCUCGACUCUUUCCUCCAGACGGAAGCAGGAAAAAUCCCAAUGGCUGUCCGAUUGGAAUGACUCUCUUCGUGUCCCAUAACUAUACGGAUUAUUGUAUGAUUAAGAAAUUGCAUUCAAGAGGAAUGGAAAUAGCAGAUCACAGCAUUUCCCAUAGAAUGCCUCAGAAAUGGUGGGCGGAAAUAUCGGAACAGGAAUUGAGAGAUGAAAUUCUGAAACAAAAGACUAAUCUGGCGGAUUUGGCUGAUGUUCCUAUUGCGGAUAUAAAGGGUUGGAGAAGCCCUUUCUUACAACCGACCGGCGAUACAAUGUUCAGUAUUCUCUAUAACAAUAAUUUUACCUAUGAUGCAACCAUGACCUACCCCUAUCCUAGAAAUGUGUAUUCACCAGUGAUGUGGCCUUUUACUCUGGAUUAUUCGUAUACUCUUUUAUGCAACAUUAAGCCGUGUCCUAAAAAUGCCUAUCCUGGUUUUUGGAUACUUCCUGUUGUGAUCUUGAUGGACUAUCGCGAGGAACAAAUGUGUGCUUAUGUAGAUUAUUGUGCCAAUGCCCCAAGAAAUAAGCAGGAGUCAUUUGACAUGUUGUGGAAGAAUUUCUUAAGGAAUUAUCGAACGAAUCGGGCACCUCUAUAUAUCAAUCUUCAUUCUCGGUGGCUGAACACCGAUUACAACAUAGACGCUAUGGAUGAUUUCAUCCAAAGAUUGUUAUCCAUGGAAGACGUAUACAUCACCACCGUCAGUAAAGCAAUUAAUUGGAUGAAGAACCCGAAGACUUUAUCAGAAAUAAAAAAUUUUGAUCCAUGGAAAUGCAACUUUAAACCAAAUCAAGAGGACGAUGCUUUCUGCUCCUUCACUUACAAACCAAGGAUCACUGCUCGUCCUACGUCUACAAUCCCUCCAGAAAACGACGUUCAUGAAAAGCAAGAGACAACAAAUCAUGGGAAACACGACCAUCGGCCAUGGUUUUUGAAAAAUAGUGCCAGUAUGUUUAAGCCAGUGGUAACAUCCAUUGUUUUUGUGAUAUAUGUAUUUAAGAUGUUGGCGUAA